AUGUCAAUAUUUGUAUGUCCAAAUUGUCAACAUAAAGUUCAUAUAUUUGGACAAAAUGGAGUAUUAAAAACUUCUAAAGAAAUGAAGUUAGAUUAUUUAGGAGAUAUACUAUUAGAUGCUAAUAUUUGUGAACUAUCAGAUUUAG